UCUCUGCCUCCCUAACCGGUUCUUCCUCUCACCCAUCCCUUCCUCCCACCCCAAGCCGCACCCCCAUCUACCUAAUAACCUCAUCCCACCUCCUUGACCUGUCCGUCUUCCCUGGACUGACCUAUCCCCUCCCUACCUCCCCACCUACACUCUCUCCACCUAUCUUCUUUUCUCUCCAUCUUCGGUCCGCCUCCCCCUCUCUCCCUAUUUAUUCCAGUUCCCUCACCCCAUCCCCCUCUCUGAUGAAGGGUCUAGUCCCGAAACGUCAGCUUUUGUGCUCCUGAGGCGCUGCUGGGCCUGCUGUGUUCAUCCAGCCUCACGUUUCAUUAGCCUGCGGGAAUGGGUUCGCUGCUGUGGAGAAUCACCAGAGCAAUGACUGUGAGGUCAGGAUGUUUACGCCGACUGUACACAGUCUAUCAGAUGGUGGAGCUUCCAGAAACUCAUAAGUUGUUGCGGAAUACCUGCAGAGGUUUUGCGGAAAAGGAACUCACUCCAGUCGCUGCGCAGCUGGACAGAGAGCACAAAUUUCCUGCUGAGCAGAUAAAGAAAAUGGGAGAACUUGGACUCAUGGCAAUGGAUGUGCCUGAGAAGUAUGGUGGAGCAGGAUUGGAUUAUCUUGCAUAUGCCAUCGCUGUAGAGGAAAUAAGCCGAGGCUGUGCUUCUACUGGCGUAAUCAUGAGUGUAAAUAAUUCGUUAUAUCUGGGUCCAAUUUUGAAAUUUGGUUCAGAAGAACAAAAGAACAACUGGAUAACUCCAUUUACAGAUGGAAAUAAAAUUGGCUGUUUUGGUCUGAGUGAACCAGGAAAUGGAAGUGAUGCUGGUGCAGCCUCCACCACUGCCAGACUAGAUGGUGAUCACUGGAUUUUAAAUGGCACAAAAGCUUGGAUCACAAAUGGCUGGGAUGCUUCUGCUGCAGUUGUCUUUGCCACCACAGACAAAUCACUCAAGCACAAGGGAAUAAGUGCAUUCUUGGUUCCAAUGCCUACACCAGGGCUAUCCUUGGGAAAGAAAGAAGAUAAAUUGGGAAUUAGAGCAUCAUCCACCACAAAUCUCAUUUUUGAAAACUGCAAAAUUCCAAAGGAGAAUGUCUUGGGAGAACCAGGCUUUGGCUUCAAAAUAGCCAUGCAAACACUGGAUUCCGGUCGGAUUGGUAUUGCCUCGCAGGCCCUUGGAAUUGCUCAGGCAGCCCUGGACUGUGCGGUGGACUAUGCUGAGAAAAGGAUGGCCUUUGGCUCACCAAUCUCCAAACUUCAGGCUAUUCAGCUCAAACUGGCUGAUAUGGGCCUGGCACUCGAGAGUGCUCGCUUGUUAACCUGGAGAGCAGCCAUGCUGAAGGAUAAUGGAAAACCAUUCAUAAAGGAAGCUGCAAUGGCCAAAUUGGCUGCAUCUGAGGCAGCAACUAGUAUUGCUCACAAAGCCAUGCAAAUUCUAGGAGGCAUGGGUUAUGUUACGGAAAUGGCAGCUGAGAGACACUAUCGUGAUGCCCGCAUAACUGAGAUCUAUGAAGGAACCAGCGAAAUCCAGAGACUGGUCAUAGCCAACCAGCUACUGAAAGGAUACAAAGGUUAAGAGCGUCUUUGGAAACAAAAUGUUGACAACACUGAAAAUGCCUGAGUGUUGGUAAACAGGAAUUGAAAUUCCAAUCCAUUGCUGUUGAUCUGUGAUAUAAUUUUGAUACUUCAAGCAUGGACAGUUUUUUGCAAACAGGGACCUUGUGAAACUGCAAACUUUUGUCAGACUAAGAGGCAAGCUGAAUUAAUAAGUUACAACAUUGGAAGAGAAGUCAGCGUGAAUCAUAUUUAAAACCAGAAAGAAACGGAAUGACAUCAUAUGAAAUGCUCAGUCUUUAAAACUCAGUAAAGGCACUUUGCACAGUUGUAAUGUUCCUCAAUGAUUCAUCUUCCCUGCAUGUUCUCUGUUUUACAGCGUCAGUGACCUUGGCUCUUCAGCUUUCACAGUCCUUAAUAAUCGCUGAGAUGUUAACAUCGCUCUUAAAUCUCAUGCCUCUUUUGCUUCUUAUAAACUGUUGUAUUUCUUCCUUUGUCUCCAUUUUACUCUGCUACCCUCAAUUUUAUGUCGCAAGCAGGUGUUCUAGUUUUUCUUUUCCUAAGUAUCUGCCGUAAGAAUUGUAAUUAAGUCUUAUUGAUCAUUUGUUAAAUUUCUUCUUGCAUGGCCACUUUUCCUCAAAACAUCCGUGUAAGUGUGUAUGGUCAACUCAACCUCAUCAUACGCCUCAGAAAGCAAACUUCUGUUGCCUUUCAUUUAUCUUCCAUCAUCUUGCUUAUAUUCCUGCUUUUACAUCCAUAUACAUUGACAAAAAGUUGCAUUUUGAGAAUCUCAUUCUGCUUUUCAUAAAACUGGCAAUAUUUCUAAAGAUGGCUGACAUUUUGUGAAGGUUUGGUUUGUAAGUCUUAUGUGCUUCCUGAUGUCUUGAUCAUUUUUUUUCCAGACAGAUGUUGUUAGUCUUCCCAGGUAGGAAAAUGAUUCUCCUAGUUUUUUUUAUAAUUCCGCUGUCAUUUCACAUCUAGGUGCAAUCCCUUGAUAUUACCACACAUUUGUUACGGUGCAGUUUAUUGAUAAUCUAUAGCUAUUCUUGUUUGUACAGUUGUAUCUAGAAAUCUUUGUUGAUUUUCUUUGUUGAUCUGCAAUAAUUACUGUGUUAUCCACCUAUCUCAGAUUGUUUAGAUUUAGUCCACACACUGAAAUUCUCUGAUAGACGCCUUAUGAUCAUUUCAUUAUUUCAGAAACAGAAAGGGUACAGAGAUAGAACAUAACCUACCAUGUAUGCUGAUAUAACUGGACACUGCUGUUUUCAUCCACUUUGGGUUCCAAGGUCCUGACCGCUCAGUCCAUUGUAAUAUCUUGGUGGACUGAAGGGCUGCUUCUUCUGCUGUAAAAGAUAUAUAAUUAUAUUUAAUCUGGAGAAUGAAGAAUUCCUGUAUCCACAAGACUUGUAAACUUAUUUUUUAAAAAUAUACAUGACAUGUUUACUAUAUCUAAUGCACAAACAAAACCGUACUUAUGAGGACUGAGGAACUUCUGUGUUGUUCAAAAUGUAAUGAAAUUCUGCAUGAUUUUGCUUUCUACUUUGCAGAUGUAAAUUGAUCUUCGCUUCAUAAGAUGUGAUUGGUUUCUUGUUGCUGAUUCAGUCAGCGUACAUGAGCAGCUAAUCAAAUUUUCUCCUUUUUGGUAUCAUUAUUUAGCAAUAAAAUUUUUCAGUACACUGUCAUUGUAUAUUCAUUAGCUGCAGAAAACACAUUAUAUUAAUGGCAUCCCAGAAUUGGCAACUGCAAAAAUGAUUGUGAAUAUUGCUAACUAUCAUUAACAUUAAUUAAAAAAACAAAUAUUUUAACUGAUAUACAGACGAUUAAAUUUAUGUAUUAACAAAACAGCAAAUUUAUAUUACACAAAGUAUGGGAUUAGUUCAACAUAAUCUACACAGGGCUUUUGCCUGUAAGGCUUGAAUGUGGGGUACAUGGUAUGUGAUGUUAAUAAAUAUAAACUCCUGAAAAUUAAAUUUUCCUAAAACGCAAUGCAUUGAGAGCCAAUCAAUCUUCUAAAUUUGUCUGAACAGGGUCCAACUUAAUGGGGCGGCAUGGCGGCUCAGUGGUUAGCACUGCAGCCUCACAGCACCAGGGACCCUGGUUCAAUUCCAGCCUUGGGUGACUGUCUGUGUGGAGUUUGCAUAUUCUCCCUGUGUCUGCAUGGGUUUCCUCCCACAAUCCAAAGAUGUGCAGGCUAGGUGGAUUGGCCAUGCUAAAUUGCCCAUAG